AGUCGGGCUAUUUUUGGCUGUGAUAGUGCGCACCGAAAUACGGUGACUUUUGCUGAUUGCAGCGUUGUGAAGGUACUUUUGGAUGACAGAGGAACGGGGUCCAUAACCUCACGGUCACCCUUCAACCGAAGCUGAGUUUCACACGCCCAUUGCUUUCCACAGCAUGGCUUCACUGUUUGACCAGUAUGAGCAAGCCACAGCAAGAGCUGCCUCCAGCAUUUCUCAGGGGCCAAAGGAGGUAGUCUCUGCACCUAUCACCUCUGGAUACGUAACAGCAAAAAUGGAGGAAGAGGUCAAAAUUUUCUCCAGAAUGAAGAUCAACUUCACGCCUCCUCGACCAAUCACUCACCUUGUCGUUAACAACAACAUGCUGAUGAUGGCUAUGUCCGACAAUGUCAUCUUGCGAAUUGAUCUGGAGCACCCAGACCAACCGGACGAGGUGAAAUUGGGAGAGUAUCAGAUUCACAAGUUGUUUCUGGAUCCCACCGGCCGUCAUCUCAUCAUCAGCACUGAGCAGCAGGAAGUCUUCUAUCUAUCCAGGACAGGUCGUAAGGGUAAACCACUCCAAAAACUCAAGGGCCACAUCAUCGAUUCCAUUGGCUGGAACAAGCUGAAUACCAGUGACAGUACAACUGCAGAGGUACUGAUGGGAACCAGCAAAGGUCUGAUAUUUGAGACAGAAAUUCAAUCAGGCGAUGACAGUAGGUUCUUCCAGCAAAGUCUUGACCAGUAUUGGAAACAGGUUUUCAAUUUGGGCAAAGAGGGCGCUGUUCCUGUCACAGGUCUUGAGGUGGAACUCGUCCAACCUGCUCUGCAGAAUGAACGGCGAUUCUUUAUAAUGGCUACAACUCCAGGACGACUGUACCAAUUUGUUGGCAUCAUCCCUAGUUCUUCUGAGACACCUGUUUUCCAAAAUGUCUUUCAUAGGUACGAGGCUAGUCCUGCUAGUUUUCUAGAAUUGCCGGGUAACUUUGGAUACAGUGAGCUCCAGUUCAGCUACGGCAGCAAGAAAACCAUGCCGUCCAAUUUUGCCUGGAUGACUGGUCCAGGCAUAUACUAUGGCGUCUUUGACUUCAAUAGUCAAUCCUCGGACAAUCUCACCAAGGACAGCCGUCUGUUGCCCUAUCCCGACACGGGCAAAGGGGACGUUACUGCUGCUAAACCCAUCGCUAUGGCAUUGACUGAGUUCCAUGUUCUUCUUCUAUUCCAAGACAGAUUAAAGGUGAUGUGUGUUUUGAAUGAGCAACUGAUUGAUGAAGAAGUUUACAAUGUUAAAUACGGUAAAAUAUUAGGCGUUUGUCGAGACAAGACCAGGGGAACCAUUUGGACCUUCACAGACCAGAGUGUCUUCAAGUACAAAGUGGUCAAAGAGUCGAGGGAUGUGUGGCGUAUGUACCUGGACCAAGGCAACUUUGACCGGUCCAAGGAAUUUUGCCAGGACAAUCCGGCCAAUUUGGACAAGGUGCUGACCAGACAAGCCGAGUAUUUCUUUGAAAAUCAAAAGUACGACAAGAGCGCCCUCUAUUUUGCCAUGACGGAGAGGUCGUUUGAGGAGGUGGCGCUCAAGUUCAUCGGUGCCCAGCAGACGACGGCGCUGCGCAUGUUCCUCGACAAGAAACUCAGCACACUCAGGCCGCAGGAGAAGACUCAGAUGACCAUGUUGGUGAUGUGGUUGAUUGAGCUGUACCUGAAUCAGCUGGGGGAGUUCCGAGCUAGGGAAGAGGCUAGAAACACCCACGACAAGGUCCACACCGAGUUCCAGAAAUUCCUGGCCCAAACCAGGGUCAUGGAGUGUCUGAGCGGCAACGUUGAUACGGUGUACGACUUGAUCGCGAGCCAUGGAGAUGUGGAAGACAUGGUGUUCUUUGCUAUGCUCAUGAAAGACUACGAGCGAGUCAUCAGUCACCACAUCCAACACGAUGACUACCACUCCGCCCUCGAGGUCCUCCGCAAGCCCAAGGACACCGGGCUGUACUACAAGUUCUCGCCGGUCCUGAUGCAGCAUAUUCCCAACGAGCUGGUCACUGCCUGGAUUGACCUGGGCAAGACACUGGAUCCGAAGAAGCUGAUCCCCGCCCUGGUGCAGUACGACCACUCGGCCCAGGCCAGCCAGGUUAAUGAGGCAAUCCGUUACUUGAGGUUCUGCACCUUAAACCUUUUCAACACGGAGCAAGCCAUUCACAACUAUCUACUGUCGCUGUAUGCCAAGUUCCAGCCAGAGGAGCUCAUGGAAUACCUGGAGCAACAAGGGGAUAUUGAAGACAGAGUUCAUUACGAUCUGAAAUACGCUUUGAGACUUUGCGCUGAACACAACCACAAGAGGGCGUGCGUCCACAUCUACACAACGAUGGGCCUGUACGAAGAGGCAGUGGAUUUAGCAUUACAGGUGGAUGUUGAUCUGGCCAAGCAGAGUGCAGAGAAGCCCGAAGACGACAACGAGUUGAAGAAGAAGCUGUGGUUGCGCAUCGCCAGGCACGUUGUGGAGAAACAGAGCGAUAUCCAGGAAGCCAUGCUGGUGCUACAGGAAUGCCCUCAGAUCAAGAUAGAAGACAUCCUGCCAUUCUUUCCAGACUUUGUCACCAUUGAUCAUUUCAAGGACGCCAUCUGCAACUCCCUGGCUGAUUACAACGAGCACAUUGAAUCCCUCAAGAAAGAGAUGGAAGAUGCUACAGACAGCGCUCAAAACAUCCGAGGCGACAUCCAGGAAGUCAGAAACAAGUAUGGCAUUGUUGGAGGCAGCCAGAAGUGUGCGUCAUGUAACUAUCCGCUGUUGACGCGAUCAUUCUACUUGUUCCCCUGCCAACACAUGUUCCAUGCUGAUUGCUUGAAUAAAGAGGUCCUACCCCAUCUGACCAUGGUCAAGCGCACUCGCAUGUCUGAGCUACAGAGACGACUGUCCCAGCUACAGACCCAUCGAUCGCCUGCCUCAUCGGCGCCCUCUGGUGACGCAAUAACAAAGCGGGACGAGUUGGAUCAGAUCAAGAACGAGUUGGACGAUAUCACCGCAGCCGAGUGUGUGUACUGUGGCGAGAUCAUGAUCAAAUCGGUGGAUAGACCUUUCAUUGAGCCCGACGAUUACGAUGCCACGAUAAAGAGCUGGGAGUAAUUAAUCCUGUAAUCGUCACAUUUUAUCAUAAAUUUGAUUUUAAAAGAGAUCUUUUAUUUGCCUUUCCUGUGUACCAAUUUUUGCUGAUAAAAAAAACCAUAUAUUUUGUUGAAUGCCAAUGAUGUUGCAAACCUACCUCUAUGAUUUGAGAUUCUGUAAGGAAUUAUAUCAUGGCCGUCUUUUAUUUUUAAAGGUAGAGUGGACCAUUUGCCGCUAUCCAAAAACUAACUUACCAAAUUAUUGUUAAAAUGCU